AUGGUCGCGCUAGAGCGAAUUGGCUCUUACAAGAAACGACUCAUAGCUAUCAAGCCACGAGGAUUGAAAAAAUGUGAUAGAGAAGCUUUAGAGCUUUUCAACGCGGUUUUUGAAGAUAUUUUUGAAAUCUUGAACAGCGGAACCGCCGUUAGUGAUCAAGAAAGACUUCUUCUCAGUGACACGCUGGGUGUUUGGUUUCUGAGAACCCGUCAACUAGUGGAAAUCGGUAAAUUAGUGGAUACACCUAAUGAAGACCAGCAGUGGUUCACGCAUAGACUCGAAACGGAGCUAUUGAGUGAAUCAAACUGCGAUUUUUUUUUCCGAUAUGUAAUUGAUUUCUGGAAUGAAGGUGGUGCUGCUCUGACCAAUUCUCUUAACGACCUGCUAUCAAAACUUAUUCAGCUUUCCAAGGUGGUACGAGGCGCCAAAGACUGGUCGAUUUUGCUGAAUUCGUGGGUUUCUCAGACAAUGGAAAUACCGGCCACAAUGCGGGUUUCCUAUUUUUUACUGCACAUCUUGGCUUCUGAAACUGACUUAUCACAAGUUCUGGAAAGGAGACCGGAUUUCGUUGAGCACUCACUGAGUCUCAUGUGGACUGAGUCCUUAGCGACGCCAAUUGGAAAAUGCAUUGCAAGUCUUCUGGUUAAUCUUUAUGAACACUACCACAAGGACAACUCUGAUCUAAGCCUUUGGUUUCUUUUGUGGGAAAAACCUACUAUGCAUUAUUUUCAGGACACCCGUAUGCGCAAACGUAUAGAAGUUUGUGUUCUUAUUCCAAUCUUCAAGACAUUAGGUGACAGAGUUUUUGAAGAGUUUGUUAGCCGCAACUUUCCAUGCGAAGUCCCUGAGCUCAUUCCCUUCCUAAAAAUCGGUCAGGAGCUUUUAAUUGAAGAGGCACCAUUCGAAAACGACAGACUGGUGUCCCUAAAGUUCCUCGAACAAAUGAUUCAACAAGAUGACUACAAACUAUCGGUUUUCGAGCUUUUGACGUCCUCUCCAAAAAGGUCUAAAACAGUGGCCCCGUAUAUUUAUGACAUGAUAAAACGAAACGUUCACGAAUUUUUCGUCGACAUCGAAGUCAAAUCUCGAAAUGAGUUUCAUAGCUUGUUCAAGCAUUUCACGGACAGAAUAAGAGACUCAGUCUACUCCCUUGAUAGAGACAUCAAAAAACUCCGUGUCAAAAAUAAGUUUCCAGAGGAGCAGGCUCAAAAAUCAGAAUUGAUUGCCGAAGCUUUUCGAUUCAUGACUUGGUUAAUCGAGUUUCUAAAGCUACAGCUGGCCCCAGGCUCCCAGUAUCAACGCCAAAUUUUAUCCACAAAACUGUUGAAGACUCUAGUAUCAUCCAGCUUGGACAAGUCCAUACUCAAACAAUAUCUCGAUCCUAGACUGAGGAUGGAAUUUCCGUUCGAAAUUCGCAUUUCUCAGAAUGGCACGCUAAGAAGAGUUCUUUUGGAUAAUUUGUGUGAUAACUAUAAUGACAUUAGAGACAAUUGUCUCGAGCUUCUUAUCAUUUUCUCUAGGAGCACCUCUGAUGAGGAAUACCUCAGUGCCUCCCAGUACGACGUUUUGCUCAAUAAAAGUAUGGCUUUACUGGGAUCUUACAAAGGCUGUGAAGGCGGUGCUAAAAUGGUUGAGUAUCUAUUCGAGGCUACUAAGGACAAACAGGGCAUCAUUGAUACGUUACUGCAAGAACUCGGCGUACGUGUUGACUCUGCAAGCAGUGAUUUAAUGAAAAAGAUCGAUCUUCCAGUCAAUGGGUAUUUCUUGGCCCUGAGCUUGAUACUUCGCAGUGGCUCUUGUGAUUCCAACGCCAAGGAGUACUCUCAAAACCUAGAUAGGUGCAUUGAUCUCAUUCUGAGGAACUGGGAGAACGUUGAGUUCAUUCUGUGUGAUGACCCUUUCGAGAAUUCAGAUGAUGAUGUUCAAGCCGAAUGCAAAUUUUCGGACCCUCAAGUAAUCAGUUACGCCUUUAGAUCUAUUAAGGAUUCUGCUGAAUUGCUCAAUACGUUGAUGACCGUAAAAUCUUUAUCUAAAGACCAGAUUCUUGCGUGUGGUGAGCUGAUGUUGACACAACUCUCUACUAUUCGCCACAGUGGGGCAUUUCAGUCGCUUAUUCCCAGCUUCAACGCAUGCUGUCAGCGCUGCUAUAAAGAGCAACCCCUCGACCUCCGGCGUUGGCUUGAUGCGAUGCUGGAUGCUCUUGAAACUAAGACGCAAUUCAUUACCAGGCGUUCGGGCGGCAUCCCUCACAUUAUAUGCAGUAUAGUCAGCUCGGAGAACAGUGGUACCAGAAGUAUGCUUGAACUAACAUUCGAACGGCUGAUGCGGAUUGCAAGUGUGCCGGUUUCUGAGCACGAGGAAACCGUUGAUCUCCCCCAAGUGAACGCAUUCAACUGUAUUAAAGCCUUGUUUGUGGAGUCCCCAUUGUCAAAUGCAUGUGCGCCAUACGUCUACCAAUCAUUAGUGUUAUGCAUUCAGUCAUUCACGUCACCUCUUUGGUCUUUAAGAAAUUGUUCAUUCAUGCUCUUCUCUGCUUUACAAAAUAGGCUGUUCGGGAAGGCAGGCAAGAAUAUUAGCGCCCGCUUAUUUUUCGCACGCUUUGAGGGAGUUCGAGAGAUUCUUCGGCUCCAAUUCGAAAGCUCAGUGAGCCGCUCUAUUGGUAGCGAUCAUGACCUGGAUAACAAGGAGACAUCUCUGGCAUCAGUCGAUUCACAGGUAGAAUCAAUUUUUCUGGUUUUGACGCUAUUAUCCAGAUUGAAACAAACACCAGGAUUCAAUGGCCUAGACGAUUUCACCGCGCUUGUAAUAUCCUGCUUGAAGUCGCAAAAUUGGAGCGUGAGACAGUUGGCAGCGCGCACUUUACCAACUCUUGUUACUAGCAUUUCGGCCCAAAUUUUGAUGCUUGUGGAAAAGCUUUUAACUUCACGCUCCACUCAAAAUGAAACCCAUGGAAUUAUUUUAGCACUAUCUGCGUUGCUUGCCGAAGGCCACCAGAACCUGUCGACCCAGGAAAAUCAAGAACUUUCACGUAAAAUCAUGCGCGGGGUACCGAAGUUCGUUACUAAAAAUCCUUGCUUUGUUACCGCCAAGGCCUUUGUUCAAUUAGUGGCCACGGUAUUUUCGAAAUGCUCUGUUCCCGUUUCAGAGAGAAGAAUAACGACAGCUACUUUGGGUAACUACUUCAUCCAGCUCAAUGACGAAUACUCGAUAGACGGAACAAAACAACUUCUUGUACGCUCUUUAUUGCUGCUGCUUCUUGAAAAUGAAACGCAGGAGAACUUUCCCGAGUUAGUCGCGCUGGCUUUGGAAUCGCCGUUUUUUGAGGCACAGAUAGCUGCAGCUAACUUUCUAUCUCAACACCCAAGUCAUGCCUGUCUUAGAAACUCCAUCAUUGAGGAGGUUCUUUUGGAAAAGCUUCUCGAUAACUCAGUUUGGGACUUGAUCAAACUCUCUGUUUUGAAGGCAUUGAUCAGGCUCGAGGUCCCAGUUGACUACGCUUUAUUGAUGGACGUGAUGAAGAACUCCAGUAACGACGAGCUCCGCGCUGUUGCACUGGAGUAUGCUGGUUUUUCUGUUGCGGGGGUGACAAGUGACUAUGCGAGGUAUGUUUCCGAUUAUUCCCAGGAUGAAUCGCAUGCGGAGUUGAGAAGAUCGGCUCUCAAUUCAUUGGUUCAUGCCACCAAGCGCGAAUAUAGCAUUCAAUUGUUGUUUUUGGUGCAGCGUUUUCUGUAUGAUGACGAUUUAGAGCUACGAAAUAGCGCUUCAGAGCACAUCAACAGUGUUGUGCUUCAGCGAGGUCCAAAUAAACGACGAACAAAUUUCUCAUCAACGGCUCGCUUAUUUGUACAGAAAAUGCAAACACUUCCAGAAGCUCGCCUCAUCGCCUUUGAGAGGCUCAAAAGUAGCCUUCUCCCGCUUACGUUCUGCUCGAAUGCAAUAGACGGAAACGAUGAUUUAUUCGAAGUAGAACCGGCGAAUCAAUUCCGAAACGUGCUGGAGGAAGGAUUGAGAGACGUUGAGAUACUGGAAUCUUGUGUUGGAAUUGAAGAUAAAGUCCAAUCACUCGUAUCGUCAGCUGUGGAGGAAGUAGUUUCACAGAUUGAGAAAUCUGGCGGCAGCGACGGCCCCAUGGGUUGGGGUUCAAACACGCGUUUUUUCGCCCAAUUAGUAUGUCUUCGGAAGCUGGCUCUGAACCUUUUGGCACCUGAACGCGUGAUUCUCGAUCGAACCUUGAGGAAGUAUGAAUGCCAUCCGCUAGUCUUUGAACUCACGGAUAGCCGAACUAUAUAUUAA